UGGUGACACCCUCUGCAAUUUCCCUGCCCUGCCCCGAUUUCCGCUAGCCUCGCGAUAUAUAUAAUACACUUGUCUGCUAAGCGUCUGAGUAAGCAUUUCCCGUCCACCUCGCUAUAUGUGCUCCCGGCCAAGCUUAUUCGACGGUCUUGGUAUUAUAUCAUAUAUAUAUUGCGUCCUCCUAGUUCCAAUUUUCCCAACUCCCACAUAUCAAUGUCUCCUAUUCGCAUUGGUUUUAUCGGUCUUUCAGGACAAGGUUGGGCAUCGACUAUGCUUGCCCCGCCUCUGUUUGAAGAACCACUAUCGUCUCAGUACCAGCUCACUGCGGUCUCUACUUCAAACCCAGAUUCUGCUGAAGCUACUGCGGCGAAAUACGCGUCUCUUUCAGGUAAUCCAGUCAAACCUUACCAUGGAUAUCCGGAACACAUUGUAUCCGAUCCAAACGUGGAUCUCGUGGCCGUGUCCGUAAAGGUGAUGGAUCAUUUCGAAAACGCAAUGAAAGUUAUCGAUGGAGGAAAGGUCCUUUUCUUGGAGUGGCCAGCUGGGAAUGGUCUGAAGGAAACAUCAGCGCUGACCAGUGCUGCGAGGGAAAAGGGCGUCAGAACUAUCGUAGGAUUGCAGGGAAGAAUGGAUCCUGUCUUUCGAAAGGUGAAAGCUAUUGUUGACUCUGGGGAGAUAGGCCGAAUUUUGUCGACGUCUUUGACUGCAAGGACGUUUCCAGAACUCAAGAUAUGGGGCUCUCGUGUGUCGAGUGCCAACGCGCUGUACAGUGUGAACUCGCAUGGGGGUACACUUCUCGAUAUCAAAGGCGGACACAUCUUUGAUACAUUAACCUUCGUACUCGGACCCGUUGCCAACGUUUCAGCAACGUUGAGUACUCAGUACCCCAUCGCUGCAAUCGUUGAUGAGAAUGGAAAGCCAACGGGCGAAACCAUCGAACAAGAUGCCCCCACUCAGGUGGCUGUUUCUGGAGUCUUGACCAAUGGGGCCGUCAUGAGUGUUCACAUACGCGGUGGGUUGCAGACGAGAUCGGAUGGCAAAGCGGGUACACCACUGCUUUGGGUUAUAGAUGGAGAGAAAGGAAGCAUCCGAAUGGAGAGCGAUAACCCUAUGGCUUCUGCGGUGUCGUUCAUGACUCCUACCACGCUGUAUGUGAAUGGUGAGGAGGUCAAGAUUGAAGGAAACGGUCUGACCAAUGUGCGGAGGGUUUGGGAAGCCUAUGCGAAGGGAGAAGGUUAUGUAGAUUUGGAGGCGGCUCUCAAGACAAAGACUCUGAUUGACGCCAUUCAGCGCAGUGCUAAGGAAGGGCGUAGAGUGGAUCUGUAAGUAUCU